UAAUUGCGUUAUUUAUGCAAUAAUAACACUAAAUGUUUUGAAUUGUUGUUUACAAUUGAAUGACAUAUGAUUUGAGUGAUUGAAUCAAUUGAGUGAUGACUUCAAAGACAUCGAUAACGACGGCGAAUGUCAACUCAGAUAUCGCCGAUCUGUUACAAGAGUUGGCCAAACAUGAGAUGAAUGUCAAUCAAAACCGAUUCAAGUAUCAGAUGUACAGAAAAGCGGCCAAAAGUGUGACGGAUUACCCGAAACGUAUCGAAUCGACCGCUGAGGCCGUUAAGUUGCCCGGAGUCGGACCCAAGACUGCGGCCAAGAUUAUGGACUAUAUCACCAAUGGAUCCAUUCGUCAAUUAGAUAGAGUGAGACAAUCAAAUGAAAGCAAUACAAUCAAUGAUUUGCUGAGAGUUUCAGGCAUUGGUCCCAAAGUGGCCGCUAAACUCAUGGCCGACGGUAUCAAUACUAUUGAUCAGUUGAAGUCAAUCGCACACACACUGACUGAUCACCAGAAGAUUGGACUCAAGUAUUUAGAAGAAUUUGAACAACAAAUUCCAAGAAAUGAGAUAAUGAAGAUCGAGACUAUACUUAUAAACAAAAUGAAUGAAUUUAACAAAAAUAUUUUGUUAACCAUUUGUGGAUCAUUUCGUCGCGAAUCUCAAGAAAGUGGUGAUAUUGAUGUCCUUAUGACUCAUCAGAGAUUAACGUCUGAACAGUUAAAAUCCAGACAACAAACGUAUCUCAAAGAUUAUGUUCGCUGUCUUGAAAAGUGUGGACUCAUUACCGACAGGAUCUCAUUGGGUGACACAAAGUUUAUGGGUGUCUGUCGACUGUCCACAGAUAGACCGCAUCGUCGAAUUGAUUUACGAUUCUUACCGUACGAUCAAUAUUUCUGUGGUGUCCUGUAUUUUACAGGAAAUGACUUUUUUAAUCAACAAAUGAGAGUUAAGGCCAACGAAAUGGGAUUUACUUUAAAUGAAUAUUCAUUAAGAAAAUUAGGAUUGACUUCAGUUCCCGGAGAACCCAUACCUAUCAUCUCUGAGAAAGAAAUCUUUGAAUACAUUGACUUUCCAUUUAAAGAACCUAAAGAUAGAAAUUUCUAG